AGUAGACAGCAGCGGUCUAGCCAAUUGCUUCUAUGCCGCGGUAGUAGCAUCUCUUGCCCGAGGCGGUAUAUUGCAGUAUCAAAAGCACGUCUGAGGAUCCUUCCAGCACGUAAACCUUUCAUAUCUUCACACUCGAUCAAACAUGUCGCAAACUAUGCAAAGGCUGCAGCAGGUCGUCUCUCACAUUUCACCCACAAAAUCAAGGAAAGAUGAAAUCCUUCAAAAGAAUCCCGAUGACAUAGUCAUCACCCUUGCUAUUCGCUCAGCCUUGACCAAGGCUCGGGGGGGUGCACUCAGCAGCACCUCGCUCGAGGACCUUCUUGUUGCCAUGCUUAGCGGCGUUAUUGAACGUGCGAAAAUAGAUCCUGCACUUGUCGAAGAGAUUGUCUUCGGCAAUGUGUUGGAGCCGCGUGUAAACUAUAUCAGCCGUGGCGCAGCCCUGAGCGCUGGUUUCCCUGCUACAACCGCUACUUCGAUCGCAAGCCGAUGGUGCUCAUCAGGUCUUCUCGCAACGCAAAGCGUAGCCAAUCAAAUUGCUUCUGGAGGCAUCGAAGUCGGUCUGGCGGUCGGUGUUGAGAGUAUGAGCCAGAAUCCUGACGACGGUGCCCCGAAUUUCGGCUCCAAGAUCUCGACUCAUCCAGUCGCUAAAGAUAUCAGCAUGCCCAUGGGUUGGACAUCUGAAAACCUUGCCCGUGACUUUGACAUCACAAGGGAGGAGCAAGAUGAGUGGGCAGCCGAGUCGUUUGCUAAGGCUGAGCGAGCGCAGAAGGCGGGCUGGUUCAACGACGAGAUCUUCCCCAUCACGACGCAGCUCAAAAACCCAAAGACGGGUGAGGUCAAGACUGUCGUCGCCGAUCGCGACGAUGGUGUGCGCUACGGCACCACCAAGGAAAAGCUCGCGGGCAUCAGAAAGGCCUUCCCACAAUGGCCUCCAUCCACAACUACGGGAGGCAAUGCGUCGCAAAUCACAGACGGCGCUGCGUGCAUUCUCAUGAUGAAGAGAAGCACAGCUCAACGGCUGGGCCAGCCGAUCUUGGGCAAGUAUGUUCACAGCACCGUCGCAGGCUUGGAGCCACGGAUCAUGGGAGCUGGUCCAACUAUAGCUGUGCCAAAGCUACUUAAGCAGGUUGGAAUCUCGAAGGAGGAUGUAGACAUCUGGGAGAUCAACGAGGCUUUUGGUUCAGUGCUGGUUCAUUGCACAAAAACACUCGGCGUUGAUAGGGCGAGGGUCAACCCCAGAGGAGGUGCGAUCGCAUUGGGUCAUCCCUUGGGAUGCACCGGUGCACGACAGAUUGUGACCGCACUGUCGGAGCUGAAGCGGACGGGCAAGAAGAUUGCCGUGACUACCAUGUGUGUUGGCACUGGCAUGGGUAUGGCCGGGUUGAUUGUGUCGGAACAAUAAGUGUACGGAUUCGCACAGCUGGGACUUCGGUAUUUGGUGGGAAGGGCAAGGUGUGUUCUAGUGAAAAAAAAAAAACAUGUAGCUCACUUGAGGUUUGGCCAAAUUGUACAAAACCAGCGAACUGGCGAAAUCUGUUGUGCAGUAGUCAGGCAUGUCUUUUUUUACACUCCAAACGUGACGUGC